CGAUCCCCCCACCCCCUUGCUCCCCUCCCCCCCCUCGGGAGGGCCGAACUGAGGCGCCCGAGGGGACCCCGCAAUUCCCUUCCCCCCUCGGAGGGCCGGACUGAGGCGUCGAGGGCCCCACUCUUUCCUUCGCAUAGCGGCCACUCUUCGGAUCGCUGGUCGAGCGACCCGGGGGAUGCCCCGCGCGCCUGACCCAGGCGCGGAAACGAAUCUGCGAGGCGUGGCCGCUCAUGCGGCCCGAUGGGGAGGAGGGGAAGACGUAGGGCGUGCUUGCGCGCCUUUCCGAGGCCCCUCCAACCCACCCGCGCUAGGUCUCGGGGGACGAAGGGGUCACACCCGACGACCUCGGGAACUAGCCGGGGCAGUCGGAGAAGGGGCAACUCCGUGCACUGACGGUCGGCCGUCAGAAAACACGCCUCCGUGGCUCGGGUUACACCAAUCCUCGCUACCCAACGCGGCCAAAGGAUAUCCACCUCGAGAACCUCGAGAGAGAGAGCACUUCGCGUAUGUUUUCUUCUCUUCUUCCCCUCUACCAGGUAGACAGCACAACGUGCCGCGAAGUCGAUGCUGCUGCGGAACUUGGGUCGAUGCUCGCACAUUGUGCGAGCUCGUUUGCCGCUGCGCCGCUCGUGCAGUGGCGUGCUUCGUCGUCUUUCAACCACGAGCGAGGCCAAGGACGCUGCCACCGAGAGCACCGAAGGCACACCGCCGCCGCCACCUGCGGAGGCCAUCCUCGGUGCGACUGAGACCAAGGAGUUUCAGGCAGAGACGAAGAAGCUUCUCGACAUCGUGGCCAACUCUCUCUACACAGACAAGGAGGUCUUCCUUCGCGAGAUUGUCUCGAAUGCGUCGGACGCACUGGAGAAGCGGCGGUACGCCGAGGUGACGGGAUCAGCCGAGGAGGGCGCUGGUGAGAUGGCCAUCUCGAUCACCACUGACAGCGAGGCUGGGACGCUCACCAUCACCGACUCGGGCAUCGGGAUGUCGCGGGACGACCUCGUUGCGAACCUGGGCACAAUCGCCUCGUCUGGCUCCAAGCGGUUCGUGCAGCAGCUGGCCGACACGGCCGGCGACGGCGCCUCCGCCGCGUCGGCCAACGUCAUCGGCCAGUUCGGCGUCGGCUUCUACUCUGUCUUCAUGGUUGCGGACCACGUCACCGUCUACUCAAGGCAGCAUGGCGCGGAGGCGGGCCACUGCUGGCGGUCGAGCGGCGACGGCGCCUACGAGCUUUCCGAGGCGUCGAACGUGGCAGCGGGCACCAAGAUUGUACUGACGCUCAAGGAGGAAGAGAAGCGGUUCGCGUCGCGGUGGGCAGUCGAGGCCAACCUGCGCAAGUACUCGUCCUUUGUCGGCUUUCCCGUGAGCGUCGACGGCGAGCGGGCAAACACCAUCGAGGCGCUGUGGACGAAGGCCAAGAGCGAGGUGAGCGACGAGGAGCACGCCGAGUUCUUCCGCUUCAUCGCGCAGGACUUUUCCGACCCGCGCUACACGCUGCACUUUGCGGCCGACGCGCCGCUCGCCAUUAAGGCGCUCUUCUACAUCCCCGAGUCCCACCCUGAGAAGUGGGGCAUGGCGCGGAUGGAGCCGGGCGUGUCGCUCUACUCGCGGCGCGUGCUCAUCCAGCCGCGUUCCGACAAGCUGCUGCCCGAUUGGAUGCGCUUCGUGAAGGGGGUGGUCGACUCGGAGGAUGUGCCCCUCAACAUCUCCCGCGAGAGCAUGCAGGACUCCGCGCUGAUGCGCAAGCUCUCCUCGGUCCUCUCGCGCCGCGUGCUCAAGUUCUUGCAGGAGCGGGGAGAUGAGCGCGCCAAGAAGGACGAGGAAGGGUACCUCGCCUUUUUCCGCGAGUUUGGGCAGUUUAUCAAGGAGGGCGUGUGCGCCGACUUUGAGCUCAAGAGCGAGGCCGCCAAGCUGCUGCGAUUCGAGUCCACCGCCGCAGAGCCGGACACACUUGUCUCGCUGGACGAGUACAUCGCGCGUAUGGUCCCGGAGCAGGAGGACACGAUCUACUACCUCGUGGAGGUGCUGCUGCUCACCUCGACCAUCGACGAGUUUGCGAUGGCCAACCUCAUGUCCUACGCGGGCAAGGAGCUCGUCUCGGCGGAGAAGGCGAAGCUGCAGGUGGAGCCCGACGCGGAGACGCCAGCCAUCUCGGCCGAAGACGCCGGCGCGCUCUGCACGUGGCUUGCAGAGGCGGUGCCCCUCGUCUCUGAGGCGAGCCUCUCGUCCCGUCUGGUCGACUCGCCCGCGAUCGUCGUCGGGCACGAGUCGGCGGCGAUGCGUCGGAUGAUGGGGAUGGUCGAGGCGGGCCGCGCACCGGAGCUCUCACCGCAGAGGCUCGAGAUCAACGGCCGCCACCCCAUCAUCCUCGGUCUGGCUGCGGCUCGAUCCGAGCGGCCCGAGCUGGCCAAGCAGAUCGCGCAGCAGGUCUUCGACAACGCGCUCAUUUCUGCGGGGCUGCUCGACGACCCGCGCGCGAUCGUCGGCAACAUCAACUCGAUCAUGGCCGAGUUGCUGAGCCGUCCCACGACUCAGCCCGAGUCGUCCUCUUGAGAACCCCCUCACCCCAGGCCCCGGCCCGGCACCAUCUUUCCGGCUCGUCUGCUGGGGCGGGCUGCGCGCCCCCCUUCAUCAGCGAUGCGUCUCAGCACAGUUUGGCGUCUGGCUCUCAACGUAUAGGGGUUGGCUAGUAGCCUCGCACACACGAAUCACGAUUCACAUACGCGUUCCUAGUACGUCCGGGACGGUCCCCCCGGCGCCCCAGUGAGCGGUGUUAACACACCUACCGGCCCCACAAAAUACUUCGUACGUCCCCUCA